AUGGGGAAGACCGAGGACGGGGAACCAUCCGAGGGAUUGUCAGAGACCCGAGAACUGGCCAGAGACGGAGUAGAGGACCCUGGGCCAGAGCCUGGGUCCACAGCAUUGCUAUGGUCCGAGGUCGACAGCGUCCUUGCUGUGUGGUCCGGAGUCACAAGUUCCCGCCGAGAAGCAGCAGUGGUGGUGUCUCGAGGCGGAGGUUGGUUGGCGAUGGCCGUAGUAGCCCGAGGUGGCGAGCUCGGUAGGGGUGCCGUGAGCGGACUUGACUUGACUGCUUGCGCUGGAGUAGCCGGCGGAGUUGGCUCCUUCGCGGCAGAAUCGGAAGCUGCUGACUCUGGCCUGUCCUGGGGAAAGGGAACCGUGGCUG